CUGAGCGGGGCAGGUAGUAGGAAUGUUUCCUGUUUACCUGAGAACAGGUUUUUCCUGCGGCUCAAGGGCGAAGCACUUCGACGGAAAGGUCAUUCGUCCUAUCAAAAUUGGUGGGCUUCCUCAAACUUAAUAAACUUCGGAUUGAUUUUUUAUUUUCUAAGAAGAUCUACCCCCGUCAGGUGGUCCGGACGCUGGUUUUGACCUUUGCACUGUUGCUGUGGUGUAUAGAAGUGCACUGCAUGGCAGGCAGUUUCCAAUCAUUUGCCCUGUCACCGAGCCCAAAAGUAAACCAAUUGGAAACAGCCCUUUGUAUAGUCUAUUGUUACUUCAAUAUCGGUAGUGGCCACAUGGACACUUCAAAAGGCCUUUGCCCUCAUCAGAGCAUUCCUAUCGAGGUGGAUGAGAGCAUGACAGCUUCCAGUCUAGACUUGGACUGGGCUCCUAAUUGCCAGCAGUGUAGUGGUCUAGGGAACAGUAGAAGCUGGGAACAAACGGGGGAAAUGAAUAUCCAUGUCAACCGGGAGAGACUCCUUCGGCGUUAUUUCCAGAGUGAACCCAAAACAACAACUCCUCCGACCUCCGACCUCCCCUUCAGUCCGGCCACGCAGGGUGGCAGUGUUUGGCUUCCAAGACAAGAACAGAAUCACACUUGUGGUAUUAUGGAACCUGAAAACUGGCCUGAGUGUUCUGUGAAUGUGGCAGAUGGCUUGGAGCCCCCUCUCCCACUCAUGUCUGAUGCCAAUGCCGCCCACCACGUCCCAUCACGCUACCCAGCGCCAUAUAUUCCUUGCCAGUGGCUCAGUCCAAAGCCGGCGAGUUGCCUUAGACGCUGCGUGUGUCCACCAUACCACAGGGCUCGACCCUUUGAGCGGACAUGGAACCAUCCAGGAAACAAAAUGCAAUACAAAGAUGUUCCAAAUGCUACGAAUGCCCCUCAACUACAAGCUGGUGUGGCUCCCAGGGAUGUAAUGUGUGAGGUCAGCUUAGAUUGCCCCAUUCAGGCAGAUCCGGGACCAGGUACCAGGGAGACCAGGAGGACUGUCACUCUCCCUGAUGAUUAUAGGAAUGUUUUCAUCACAUAUUCAGUGGACACGGCUGAGGAAAUGACCGCCUUCACCAGAUUUCUAACAAGUCAGGGCUUCAAACCAGCAAUUGACAUAUUUGACAAUCCGACCAUACGAAUGGGCAUCACCAGAUGGAUGGACAGAUUUUUGAAUGACAAAUCCGUCCUCAUCAUUGUGGCGAUCAGCCCCAAGUACAAGGAGGAUGUAGAGGGGGAUAGCGACGAUGAGCACGGGCUGCACACCAAGUACAUCCACAAUCAGAUCCAGAAUGAAUUCAUCCAACAAGGCUGCCUGAACUUCAGACUUAUACCAGUGUUGUUUUCCAAUGCGACUAAGAAACAUGUCCCCAGUUGGCUUCAGAACACAAGGAUAUACCGGUGGCCCCAAGACAUGCAGGACCUGCUGUUGCGCCUGCUUAGGGUGGAGCGCUACAUCAUUCCACAGGCAGAAGCAUCCCUCACCCUCACAAUUCGCCCACUCUGAAAGAAAUGAGAAAUAACAGCGUGAAAAGACACUCUAUAAACCUUCGAGAGAAAAUGACAUUUCCAAUGAUUUUUUUUCUUACCUUGGUUUUUCUGACUCAAUAUCCAGUUCUAAACUAUUUUUCAUUUUGCAGCAUAAUCUAUUCUGAGCGCCGGCUUUCUGCACGGCAAAGUUUGAAAUGAGAACAGAUGAUUCCAAUUCAAAUGUCUUAAGUAGGGGAUAGGGGAUGUCGUAAGCCCCCUCUGCUAAGCGAUGUUUUUUUCCAGCUUUGUGGAAAACACAAAUGGCUCGCCCCCCCUUUUUUUUUUUGCAUUCCAAAAGAACGAUUCCAUAUGUUGUGUGGAGCAUGCCUCAAAAUUGGAGCAUAAAUAGUUGAGUUUUCAACACAAACACUGGCUAGUGCAUCCUAACUAAGCCUUGUUGCAUGAACUGAUGAAGCCUGCUUGGAUGAGAAGGGAAACUUCUUCUAGGACAAACAACCAUCCAGUUGCGAUCGAUUCAAUGCCGUGAGAAUGAAAUGACCUGGAUGAAUGAGAAUAUUCACAGGCACAUUAACCUUGUAUCAAUUUAGUAGCUACAUAUCAUAUACAGUAAACCAAGGGUGGAACAAAUAAAUGAUAUGUAAUCUAUUUUUCAAAACA